AUUUCGCGUCCACCACUUCUUUCCCAAAUUCUCUCGACUCCACUCCUCAUCACUUUCUCAGCUCUCAAACACUUGGUAAGUGCUCUCUGGGCCCUCUUUGUUUUGAAAGAAAAAGAAAAGGAAAAAACCAAAACCAUAGCCAGCUAGCUAGGGAAGAGAAGAGAUCCUGAUACUGACACUGAUACUGACCUACUGUAGCAGUAACUUUAUCUGCAUUGCAUAGAAAUAGAAUGGGAGGUUGUAGCAAAGAUGAUGUUAGUUACCUGGAUCGCCGAUUCUCAAAGAAGGUUCGCGAUAAUGUCCAUGGCAACAUUUAUCUGGAUCCGCUCUCUUUGAAGUUUGUCGAUACCGAGCAGUUCCAGAGACUUCGAGAUCUAAAGCAACUCGGUCUAACAUACAUGGUUUACCCAGGGGCUGUGCAUUCUCGAUUUGAGCACUCACUUGGUGUAUUUUCACUGGCUGGUGAAGCAGUUCACAGAAUCAAAGCUCAGCAAGGUUCAGAGCUCGGUAUCGAUAACUUGGAUAUACAAACAGUGAAACUUGCUGGACUGCUGCAUGAUGUUGGCCAUGGGCCAUUCAGCCACAUGUUUGAGCGCGAGUUUCUCCGUCAGAUUCCUCAUGGCAUUAAAUGGUGUCAUGAGGACAUGUCUGUGAGAAUGAUAGACCACAUUGUCGAUUUCCACCAUAUUGAUAUUGAUGCUGAAUGCCUAAAGAAAGCAAAGGAAAUGGUCAUUGCAAGCACAGAACAUGUUUCUCAUAAAAGUGUGAAUGAAAAGCAUUUCCUAUAUGAUAUUGUUGCAAAUGGUCGGAAUGGUAUAGAUGUUGACAAGUUUGAUUACAUUGUGCGUGACUCCCGGGCUUGUGGACUGGGCUGCAGUUUUCAGAUUGAACGGUUAAUGGAUAGCAUGCGAGUUAUGGGUGAUGAGAUAUGUUACCGUGACAAGGAUUAUCUUACAAUCUAUAAGUUAUUUUCCUCUCGUGCUGAUCUGCAUCGAACGGUCUAUACACAUGCAAAAGUAAAGGCUAUAGAAAUGAUGUUUGUUGAAUCCUUGAUAAAAGCGGAUGGUUACCUUCAAAUUUCAUCAAAAAUUCAGGACCCAGCUGAAUUCUGGAAGAUAGAUGAUUCAAUAUUGAAAACCAUUGAAAUUUCUCAUGAUCAGGAGCUGAAGGAAGCUAGAGAUUUAAUCCUGCGCAUUAGGAGAAGAGACCUAUACCAGUUCUGCAAUGAGUUUUCUGUUCCGAAGGACAAGCUAGAGCACUUCAAAGACAUCACUCCACAGGACAUUGUUUGUUCCCAGGGAAAUGGUGACAUUACACUAAAAGAAGAAGAUGUUGUUGUCUGCAAUGUGAAGAUCAAUUUGACACGGGGUAGAAGUAACCCUCUCAAAAAGACUUUGAGAGCAAUGAGAAAUUCCCGAUACAUGAUUAUCGCAUCAGUCAUUUGUUGCCAGCUUUUUGUGAAGAUAGGAUUGUGAGGGUGUAUUCUAAGAACCCCGAUCUGGUGAAAACAGUUUCUGAGGCUUUUGAAAAUUUUCAGCUAAAGACAUAUGGAAUGAAAGCACAGGUACAUGCAACUCCUGAUAGGAAGAGGAAUCGUCGGAGGUUAGAACAGUCGUACUGAGAAGAAUCACCGAAGGCUCUUGUGGUUGCUACUAGUGUAUCCUAUUCCACAGUGCUUUUAUUUUGGAACUCGUACACUUCUUUCUAAGUGGAGAAAGAAAACUAGCUCGCAUACACACACAUAAUAGAAGAAUUUGAUUAGCAAGUGUAUAAAUUCACACUGCCUCCCUAUAUCUCCAUUUACUUUGACACCCAGCACAAUAUGUGAAUGUUCUUUCUCAUACUCUGACUGGUAGGUGGAUGAUGAUGAUUUCUACCAAUGAAAUUUGUUCGUAGAUUUCAAUUA